AUGCCCGGCAUACCUAGAAAACCUUACUGCCAGCCGUACGUUGAUCAAAUACAGUGCGAUGAGAAGUGGCCAACAUGCUCAGCGUGCGCGCGAGCAGGCAUCCUAUGCCCAGGGCCGUCUGGAAUGAAAUUCGUGCUCAACAACAACCACAAAGCCGGAACAGAGGAGGCAUUUGUAUAUUCAUCUGAGCCCAACAAGCGCACGAACGGGUCGUCGGCGUCCAGCGGCAGCCUGGUGUUAACAGAGCGGCCUGCCACAACUACUGUCCAAACUACGCGCUAUAACUCUCAGUUCCGAUCUUACCGUCUUCUAAAUGCCUUGGAUUCCCGUGUUCCCAUGAUCUCAUCCGACCAUGUAUCCGGGCGUUUAGUUGCCUUGAUGGAGGCAUCGCCCGGGCUGCCCAGGUCGAAUUUUCAUGCUCUUCGAGAGCUUCCCCGCCGCCUGCACCUGAGCGAAUGCCUUCAAGACAGCGUCCGGUAUUGGUGUAGCUGUUGGAUUGACUGCCUUCAGGGCCUUCCAGAGCCAAGCAACAUGUCCCGGAAUAGCCACGGAAAGGCGAUCCGGAGUCUCUUGCAAGCUAUGCGAGGUCCUCAGACACCGAGCGUCGAGACCGUGGCAGCUGCGACAGUUCUGUGUAAAACGGGGCAUACUUUCGAUUCUGAUGGGUCUGAGACGGGAGCCAGAUUGAUGGGGCAGGCUAUGGGAAUUGCGACAUUGGUAAGGCUCAUGGGCAUCCCGAACAUAGAUGAUCCCUUUGAUCUUUUAAUGGCAUAUGAACAAUUCUUCAUCAUUGAUUGUAUCCGCGGCUUUAGCGAUUCUAACGCGGCCGACUUUGCCGGUACAGCCCCAUGGCAACAAGUCAGGGAAAAAGUUAUCGAGAAGGUUGCUUUGUACGAAGGUGGUCAAGAAAUUGAUGUCUAUCUUGAGAAGCGCAGCCUGUAUUACGGGGACACUGUCAAGACCAUGAAAUUGUGCCACCAAGACCCCGAUUCCUUCUAUGACAAGGCCAAAAGGGUGGAACUAGAGAUGCGGGACUUUCUACUCAACAUCGAGGGUCUUUUUGCUAGCCACUGGGCCUAUGCGGAAAAGGAGUCUGGGAGCGUAACAGAAACUCUGGAUCCCGACUUCUUCUUGGGAAGGAAAUAUGUUCUGCAAAACCAUGAAACGUUUACGAUUCUCUCUAACGCUCUUCAUGCGUCGCUCGUACCAAGCCUGAUGAUAUUUCGUAUCAGAAAGCUCUAUAAUGAGCCGGCUGACAUGGCCCUCCAGAAAAAGUAUCGAGAGUGCUGCGAACGGUUGUGGAUGUUUAUUCCUCAUUUAAGAAGUCAAGAUCCCCUGGCUAUUAUCGAUGACCUUUUCGUGUUUUUCUUUACAGUCGAAGCUGCGAACGAGCAAGAAACGCGACAUGUCCUGGAAUUCAUCACGCAGAUGGAUGUGAUGAAAGAAUAUGUGGUUGACCUCGAUAACAUGGGGGAGAAGGUUAAAGCCUUAGUCGACCGCUUGGUCGGUGCUCAAUCUGAAACUCAAGUAGAAAAACCAGAACUGGUAACCGAAAUUCACGAAGCAUAG